UUCGUGAACAAAAGGAACUAAGUUUCACUAUAACUAGAGACGUUGCUGCCGAACACUAUUGAGAGACGCACAGAGGUAAUCUCUCUCUCUCUCUCUCUCUCUCUCAUAAUUUAGUUAUUAAGUAUAUUAACUGCAUUAAUCUGCUAUCAACGGCUAAAGCCUCAGUUAAUUUACUAGGUUUAAAAUGGCGUUUUGGAAUUAGCAACGGAGGCGUUGGCUGAUAUGCGGAAGAAAUAAUCCUACUCACAACAGCGAUUUAAGUAGAAAUACUGGACGAAUGCCUUGAAAUAUAUCAUCUGAUCGAUGUCUUGAGGUGUGGAAACCGUAGUAUAAGCGGAAUAAUUGACUUCGGUCCGUUUAAUUAUUAGAAAAAUAAUGCACACCUCAGGUGUAACGGCCACUCCACCACCUCGGGUGCGCAUUAUUUUUCUAAUAAUCCAACAGCCCGUCGUCAAUUAUUCCUUACUUAAAUCACUGUCGGUCAGCAGUUCUUGGUUCAAGAAGGAGAUGUCACAGUACAUUUAGUUUGUUUACGAACGAGAUGUUUUGUUCAGUCAGUGUCGCUUCGACACCGCUUCGUUUAGUGAAGGGAAGAUUCGUUCAGAAGGUCCAACAGCUAAUGCAAUGAUUUAAAACUCUCAGUCGAAUGACACUUGCUCGUGGUGUUUGAAAUCAGAAGCAAGAACGAAACACAACUUCUUAUGCUUCGUACCUUCAUCUUGCUUUAAACGUUAUAACAACCCAUAUUAGUACCAUGUUGAAUAGCCUAAAUGUGACAACGGCUAUUAACUAGACAAUAAUUUGAUCCAGAUCGACUUUAAACUUUAUUUUAAGUAGCCAAACUGUAGUUUUGUAAAUAUAUAUAUAUUUUUUUUUAGCAUAACACUCACAAGGGGAUACAUCAGAAACACUGUUCAAAAGAACAACAUGCGACCCAAGUUGAUAAAAUACAUAUACAUAAAGCAGUAAAAUACAUAUACAACCAUAAUACAAAACACAAUAAAUACCUAAAUAAUAAAUAAAAAAGAUAUAUAAACAGAAAAACAAAUAGAUAAAAAAUUAGCAUUAACAUUUAAAAUAAUAAUAAUAAAAUAAAAUAAGUAAUCGCACAUAAAACUGUCAACUUCAAAGAAUUAUCAGGAGUAACCCUUAAUUUUUUUUUAAUCAAUACGGUUGUUAAACAUAUUAAUCUGAAACAUCUGAAACUCGACUUUGUGUAAAUAAUACCAUAGUAAUAUUCUUUAUUAUAUUAUAUCUUAUUGUUCAUUUACUGCAGUACUUUAUGCAUGAUCAUGAUCAUGUUUCCGGUACGGAUCGAGUAGUGAUCAUGACCGCGGCAUUUAUGUGAGUUCCGUGGGCUGCAGCAUAUCGAUCGCUGAUUGGCUGGAUGCGUUACGGAAGUCGAGAAAGGCUAGAACCACUGAUCUGUAUUUAUAUCAGUGGCUAGAACACAACACAUACUCGUUCAGCGUUUAAUCAUGGCAGACGGACCUACAGCAGCCAGUAACACUGCAGUUGCAAGUGUCUACAAUGACGUGAAGGAAUACUAUGGAAAGACACUGAAGAAGUCUUCUGAUCUGAAAAGCAAUGCCUGUGUUCAGUCUGCCAAGCCAGUUCCUGCAUACGUGAGAAAAGUCAUAGCUGAGAUCCAUCCAGAUGUCGUUGCAAAGUACUAUGGCUGUGGUCUGGUGGUCCCUGAGUGUCUGGAGUGCUGCAUGGUGCUUGAUCUUGGAUGUGGGAGUGGACGGGACUGCUACAUGCUCAGCCAGCUUGUAGGAGAGAAGGGACAUGUCACAGGCAUCGACAUGACUGAAGAUCAGCUUGAGGUGGCAAGGAAAUACAUUGACUACCACACGCAAAGAUUUGGUUAUAAAAAGCCAAAUGUGAAUUUUGUUCAAGGCUACAUUGAGGCUUUGGCAGAAGCAGGUCUGGAGGAGAAAUCAUGUGAUAUCAUCAUAUCAAACUGUGUGGUGAACCUGUCACCUGAUAAAGCCAGUGUCCUGAGGGAGGCUUACCGUGUACUGAAGGAUGGAGGGGAACUGUACUUUAGUGAUGUUUAUAGUGAUGCUAGAAUCCCUGAAGACCUCAAGGCCAACAAAGUAUUAUGGGGUGAAUGCCUCAGUGGAGCAUUAUGGUGGGAAGACCUGAUACGACUGGCUGAAGAGGUUGGGUUCUGUAAACCCAGACUGGUUACUGCUAGUAUCAUCACUGUGGGCAACAAGGAACUAGAGAAACUGCUUGGAGACUACAGAUUUGUGUCAGCCACAUACCGGCUCUUCAAGUUAUCAAAAGGUUCAGAGAAGAAGUCCUGUCUGGUCAUGUACAAUGGAGAAAUUACAGGUCUGGAGGAACGUUUUGAGUUUGAUGCCCAGUAUACCUUUAAGGUGGAUAAAGAGAUGGAGGUGGAUGGUGAUGUGGCCAGCAUCUUGAGCAACUCCAGAUUUUCUGGAGAAUUCACAUUUCAGCAUCAGGGGCUGAAAACUUCCGGCUCUGGAGGAUGCUGGGCCAAACCCAAGGCAGUGUCAGUGAAUCCCUUUGAGCUGGUCCAGCAGUUGGGCAGUGCAAGCGUAACUCCUUCCACUGGGGGAUGCUGUGGAGACCAGCAAUCAUGCUGCCAGUAAAUCCCAGCAAAUGUAAAAGCAGUAUUGUUUGAUUUUGACUUGAAAAGAACACAUUUGUUGUUAAUUGUGACCGUGAUUUUGUAAAAAUUCUAUAUUUCUGUAUAUACCGUAAUAUAGUAUUACAUAUAAUUUGUGAAAGGCAACACAGAAAAACAAAAAGAAAUCAAUCAGUCUAGUAAUGUUUUAAAUACAUCUGUAAUCAUACUGAUAAAUGUAUAGCAUUGACCAGUAACUCACACAGGACUAUAUAGUUGCAUAAUCUAAAGCAUUCACCUGCCAGGUGUAAUCUUUAUUGUAAUCUUUAUUGUAUUGCCAAGUUAACUGAAAACACAUAUGGUUUAUUGAACUUUUGUAAUCAAAUCACUUUUUCCAUUGCUGUAAUAAAAAUAUGUUUGAGCUGA